CUGUGUAAAAGCUGAAUGGACAGAUCAUCAGCCAAUGUAAGAUCAUCAAUCAAUUUCUUAUCGAAUAAUGAUUAAGAAUAGAGAGAGAAAAUAGAAAUACAAUUGAUUCCAGCAUUAUAGAGUUUUUAAACGUUUAUAAAAAUGAGUAAUGAAUCACAAAUGGCACAGAUUGUUGAUUCUUUAAUGGCUAUUGAAUUUUUUAAGAAGAAUUGUCCUGAAGGUUCAAGUUUAAGGGAUUUUAUUAUGUAUGCUGGAAGAGCUUUGACUUAUGAAUAUUAUAAGAAGGGGUAAAUCAUAUUCCAUUAUGGUGAUUAUGGAGAUAAGUUUUUUAUGAUUCUAAAGGGAAACGUAGCUGUAUUAGUACCUAAAGGAAAUCAUGAUGUUGAAACAGAUAGAGAUUAUUUAAUAGAAACAAAUAGAGCUGAACCUUGGAGUAAUGUUUGGAAGGGUAAAAAAAUGUAGAGUACAAUUGAUAUGGAAUUGUUAUUAGCAUAAGGAGAAGAUCCUUGGUUAAUAUCAAAUCGAUAUUUUGAAGGAGGUGUUUGUCUAUAUUAAAAGGUAUUUAAUAUAUAAAGAUAUUCAGAUUUAUACUUAUUAUGGAGGUUAAACAUUUGGUGAUGUAUCAUUAUAUACAGAUAAACCAAGAACUGCAAGUAUAUUGGUAUUGUCUGAUGAUAUUCAUGUAAUCACAAUGAAUAAAUCAGAAUACAAAUAAAUUUGUGAGAAAUCACUUUAGGAUAUGAAUAACAAUGUUGAUUAUUUUAUGAGAAUGCUGCCAAAUAAUAGUAAAUUUGUAAUAACGAAAUUUAUGCAAUAUAUGCACAAGAUUGAAUUUGCUCCUUAAAGUAUAUUAUGGAAGGAUGGGGAAGAAUCUAAGUUUUUUAUGCUAAUAUAUAAAGGGAGAGUUGAAUUGAUAAAAAAGAUUGGAAAGGUGAGAAUUACAUUGUGUUAAUUAAGUGACAAUAGUUGGGUUGGAUAAGAAGAAAUACGUAAAUUGAAUAUUUAAAUAUUAGUUGAUUAAUAAAUAAGAUAAUCUACAUGUUAAUGUGCUGACAAUACAGUUGCAUAUUAUAUAUAAAUUGAAGAGUUUAAUUAGAUAAGAAGAAACUUUCCAGAAAUUUGUAAAAUUUUGAAAGAGAAAUCUUAAUUGUUGAAAGAAUAUAUGAAAACAAGAUAUGAGAUGAUAAUGAAUAAUUUUAUUAAUAAGCCAGAACUAAUAUAGAAGAAAUAGUAAAAGGUUGAGAGAAAGACUAUAACAGAAAUAUUUCAUACUACCAUAAAGACAAAAACCUAAGAUAUUAGAUCGCAUUCACCUAAGGCAUUAAGUAUAAUUGGGAUUACAGAAUACAAUAACAAAAUAAAUUAAUCAAGAGUAGGUUUUUUAUAUCCAAUUAGGGUGGAUUCAAAAAUCUAAAUAUUUUUCCGAUGGACAAAGAUUCAGUUCUAUCAAUUAGAGAUAGGGUUUGUAGAUAAUUAACUAAAUAAAACAAGAAAAGAGAGAGAGUCUAACCAUAAACAAUGAGAGAAGGAACACUUUUAUCUACUACUAUUUCAGACUUGUUCAAAUCAAAUGAUUAGGUUCAAUAACAUUCGAGUUUUAAAUUAAAUGAUCUUAAAAAAAGUUCAUUCUCUUUUGUUAAUCUAUUUGCAUAGGGAUCUACUAAUAUAUAAAAUAGUAGCAAUGAUCAUUUUACAUCAAGAUUACCUACUUAAUAAUCUUAUUUUAGAAUGAAAACAGAACAGGGAAGAUCAUAAAUUUAAACAUAAACUAGUUUUGAUUAAAAGUAACAUAGUUUAGUUAAUUUCAGAAAUAAUAGUACCGAAAUUAAUAAAUUACGAUCCAAUAGUCCUCUCAAUUCCAAUUAAUUCUCAGAUAGAUAUCAAAACAGAAGAAUUCAUAGCUGUAAGAUGAUAGCAAGACCAAAAAAGUAUCCUUAAUUAUUGAAAUAUAAAUUAUUAUGA